AUGGCUGAUCUUGAAGCUGUAUUAGCCGAUGUUUCCUAUUUAAUGGCGAUGGAAAAGUCGAAAUCGACACCUGCAGCAUCUGCAAGUAAAAAAAUUGUACUACCCGACCGAACAGUACGAAGUGUGACGCAUAAACAUCUACAGAAAAUGUAUGAAAAUACAUUCGACAAAAUCUUCAAUCAACAAAUUGGAUUUCUUCUUUUCAAAGAAUUUGCUGCAAGUCUUUGUGAUGAACCUGUGCCUCAAUUAAAAUUCUAUGAAGAGAUAAAACGAUUUGAAAAACUUGAAACCGAUGAAGAACGAUGGCGUGUAGGGAAAGAAAUUUAUGAUCAAUUUAUAAUGAAAGAACUACUAUCAAAUUCACAUACAUAUUCCGAACGAGCGGUCGAGAGUGUUAAGAAAUACCUGUCGAAAUACAAUCCAAAUAAUCCAAAGAAUAGUCUACCAUCGAAUUUAUUUGAACCAUACAAAAAAGAAAUAUGUGACUCAUUACGUGGACGCAUUUUCGAACGAUUUAUGGAAUCUGAAAAAUACACCAGAUUUUGUCAAUGGAAAAACUUUGAAUUGAACAUUCAAUUAACAAUGAAUGACUUCAGCGUUCAUCGAAUCAUCGGUCGAGGUGGUUUCGGUGAAGUCUAUGGUUGUAGAAAAGCAGAUACCGGAAAAAUGUACGCAAUGAAAUGCCUUGAUAAGAAACGUAUUAAAAUGAAGCAAGGUGAAACAUUAGCAUUGAAUGAACGUAUUAUGCUUUCCCUUGUCAGCACAGGAGAGGAAGGUUGUCCAUUUAUUGUCUGUAUGACGUAUGCAUUUCAUACAACAGAUAAACUUUGUUUUAUUCUUGACCUAAUGAACGGUGGUGAUCUUCAUUAUCAUUUAUCUCAACAUGGAGUUUUUUCUGAGAAAGAAGUGAAAUUUUAUGCCGCGGAAAUCAUCCUAGGUUUGGAACAUAUGCAUCUUAGAUCAAUUGUAUACCGAGAUUUAAAACCGGCGAAUAUCCUAUUGGAUGAACAUGGUCAUGUUCGCAUAUCGGAUUUAGGUUUAGCUUGUGAUUUUUCCAAGAAAAAACCUCAUGCUAGUGUUGGAACACAUGGCUACAUGGCUCCGGAAGUCUUAGCGAAAGGUGUUGCCUACGAUUCCAGUGCAGACUGGUUUUCAUUUGGUUGUAUGCUAUACAAACUGCUGAAAGGACAUAGUCCCUUUCGACAACAUAAAACAAAAGAUAAACAUGAAAUUGAUAAAAUGACCAUGACAAUGAAUAUUGAAUUACCUGACAGUAUGACUAAUGAAAUGCGAACCUUAUUAGAAGGAUUAUUACAUCGUGAUGUUGAUAAACGUUUGGGUUGCAUGGGCAGAUUAGCGGAAGAAGUCAAAGACCAUCCGUAUUUUAAAGAUGUUGAUUGGAAACAAGUGUAUCUACUGAAACUAACACCACCCUUAAUUCCUCCACGCGGUGAAGUCAAUGCAGCCGAUGCAUUUGAUAUUGGAAAUUUUGACGAAGAUGAUACAAAAGGAAUCAAAUUGACAGAAUCUGAUCAAGAAUUGUAUAAAAAUUUCCCUAUUGUCAUUUCGGAACGAUGGCAACAGGAAAUCGCCGAAACUGUUUUUGAUACAGUCAAUCAAGAAACAGAUAAAAUCGAACAAAAACGACGAGCGAAAUUUAAGCAAAACAAUAUCUACGAUGACGAGAAAACCUCUGACCUAAUUCUCCAAGGGCAACUGAAGAAAAACACAGGAACAUUUGGAUUCUCAUGGCAAAUACGCUACACAAAAUUGUACCCAAACAGAUUGGAGUUACAUUAUGAAAAGGGUGAUAAAGAUCCUGAGGUUUACACUAUGGAAAGAAUUGAACAUAUUGAUUCAAAAGAAUGUAAAGGACAAAAAACGAUAACAAUACAUUUGAAAGGUGGAAAUGAACCUCGAUUGAUGCUUUCACCACAGGAUGAAGUCUCAUGGAUUGAAUGGAAGAAAGCGCUGUAUGAUACAUUGGUUGCUUCUCAACAACAUUUGACUGUCAGUGAAAAGGCGUCAAAGAUUUAUGGCGCCGAUGUGAGUAGUUCAACAUCUACAAAUGCGAAUUCCAAUCAACAAGCAUCUACUGGUAAUCAUCACAAUGUUUCGGCAUCUGGCGGAACAAAUAGUGCUUUAAAGAAGAACAAUGUUGCUGCAGCUGCACUCCAGGAUUAA